AUGGGACAGGUUGCAAAUCCGCAGACAGGUGAAAUUUACGGGCCGCGUGGGAAGGAGCCGACGCGCUAUGAGUACCGCCAGCUGGUGAAGCGGCUGAGUGAGGGACUGAGUGACUCCAUUGAGGCGGAGGCCAGUGGGGCGUCGGAGGCCGAGGUGCGUCGGAAGGCCGACCCAGCUAAGGAUACGGUUCGUGAGUUUGUUCGCAAGUGGCGCGACAACCCGCGAGUUAGUGGCGACAUAACGCACGCGGAAGUCAAAGAGGCACUGUCGGAGCUCGGCGAGUUUUACAUGGCGUACGGACAACGUACGAAGCUGACGCCGCCCGUACGGGAGAGCGUGUUGAAGCACCUCGCAGCCGCGAAGGAGGCGCUCCCGGCCGAGCCGGAGAAGAAGGGCCCCGGGCUGCUGAGCAACUUAUUAAAAUCCUAA